AUGGUUUUACGUCGGAAAUAUGCAGGCUCUCGUUUAGGUUCGUGUCAACUCGAAAAACUCCAAGAUCGCAUUCAGGAAUCAACCAACGACUUCUAUGUCAUCGAAGUGUGUCUUAUCAAGGCUACCAAAAUGCCCAUCGCUUUACGAAAGCCUUAUUCUCAGCUGGCCCAAGCAAUGGUGAUUGCACUUUCAGUCGCAUUCUUAAGCUUUGCCAGCAUUUUAGUUGUCCUCUCGCUGGAUUAUCUACAGAGAUAUUUAAAUGCACAGUAG